AUGAUCAAGGUCUUCGCGUUACUUAUAAUAUUCACUGUCGGAAGAGUGGCACCUCAACUGUUUCCAAUGAGUCCUGGAAUGAUGAUGCCUGGAGCAUAUGGAGCGUACCCUAUUAUGCCCGGCAUGUUACCAAUGGGUGGUGUGGACCCUCUCACGGGUGCUCUAAUUGGAGCGAUCGUAGGUGGUAUUGCUGGAGCAGCAAUGGGAGCUUGA